AUAAGUAAAUAGUUGGGUGUCAUGGCGGAAUCUGCAGUGUGUCCUGCUUUCCAGCUGGAAAGAUCCCGGUACGACCAGGGCUCCUUUCUUGGCCGGCUGAGACACUUCAUCGACAUCAUUGACCCCACCACACUGUUUGUCUCAGAGAAACAGCUACAAGCCAGCCUCAAGCUUCUAAAUGAUUUUAAAAACGGCAUUGUUCCACCUGGAGUGUCUGAUGAUCAGCUGUGGGAGGCUCAGAAGAUCAAGCAGGCCAUCAUUCAUCCUGACACAGGGGAGAAGAUCUUCAUGCCAUUCCGUAUGUCAGGUUAUGUCCCAUUUGGAACUCCAAUAGUCAUAGGCCUUCUUCUGCCAAAUCAGACUGUGCUGUCUACCAUUAUAUGGCAGUGGCUGAACCAAAGUCACAAUGCCUGUGUGAACUAUGCAAAUCGUAAUGCUACAAAGCCUACACCGACGUCCAAGUUUCUCCAGGGGUAUGUUGGAGCUGUUACCAGUGCGGUCUCUAUAGCAGUGGGACUAAAUGUGCUCAUCGAGAAGGCCCAUAGACUGAACCCUGCCACUAGAAUGAUCAUUCAAAGACUGGUGCCAUUCCCAGCUGUAGCCAGCGCAAACAUCUGCAACGUGGGCCUGAUGAGACACAAUGAGCUGUCCGAGGGUAUUGACGUCCUGGAUAAUAACGGCAAUGUGGUGGGCGCAUCCAGAAUCGCAGCCAGACAUGCGAUCAUGGAGACAGCCUUCACGCGAGUGGUGCUGCCGAUGCCCAUCUUUGUCCUCCCUCCCAUCAUCAUGUCUUACCUAGAGAGGCUCCGAUUCCUUCAGAGGAACCGACGGCUGCUGCUCCCCAUCCACAGUGUAGUCUGCCUGGUUACCUUUGGCCUGUCUCUGCCUGUGGCCAUCAGCCUGUUCCCGCAGAUGUCCCAGAUUGAGGUGUCUCGCCUUGAGCCAGAGAUUGCCAUGGCAACUGAUUGCAAGGUGGUGACCUACAACAAGGGUUUGUGAUGGAUGGUGGGUGUGUGAGAAGAAGAGAAAACAGACAGUGAGCAGCACAAGUGAAAGGAGGCUAGUUUUUUUUUAAUACAGUGAACUGUUAAACAUGUACUGUUGCAGACUAUAUACAGUUAAGACUACUAUGUGCCAACUAAACCAGUGUCUGUAGCCAUUUAACAUUGUUUACUACUACUGGAUUAACAUUCUCAUAUCAGUUCAUAGCCGUUUGAAGAACAGUAAACACACAGUAAGUCAAUAUUGUGUAAUUUCUCCAAGUCAGCUGCUAAUAGACCCUUUAAAAAUUUGUAAAUAAAUGCAUUCUAAUUCAUGGGAUGGAGGCACGAGGAAGCAAACAUGAACAUGAUGCAAUUUCAAAAUCAAGGUGGUUUAGGCAAAUAAUCACUCAGAUAUAUAUAAGUGAUAUCAGAGCCUGUGUAUGUUAGCCUGUUUGUUUUUAUAGAAAAAUAUUAUAAAUACAAAACAGAAAUGCUGACCGUACAAUAGUUCAGUUUUCUGACAUGAAUUGACAUUUCAACCCCAGAAAUUCAAAAAUAUUAUUGAUUGCUAUAAAUCAUAGAACAUCAUCAUUUUCAUCUGAUGUGAUUUCUUUCAUGAUCUUCAUAUUUUUGCCUCUAUUAUAGCAUUUUGAUAUGAAUUCUGAUGACAUUAUAUUUUUAAGGGUCUACUCUAUACUGUGACCCCAUAUCAUGUACCAACAAGAACCACAAAUGUACAUGCAAGCCAGGAGCAAUAGUUGUCCUGCAGAAAGAUAUGUGCAAUACUAAUGUAUACUUUGAUUUAUUGUUUUUAAUGAAGGGAAUUCUAGGGUGUUCAAGUGGCCAAACACUGGGACUGCGGUGUAGGCUACAUGCUGCAUUAUGGCAUAUGACUGCAAGCUAUAA